AUGCUUGUUUAUAUAAUUGAAUUAGUAAUUGAAUUAGUAAUUGAAUUAGUAAUUGAAUUAGUAAUUGAAUUAGUAAUUGAAUUAGUAAUUGAAUUAGUAAUUGAAUUAGUAAUUGAAUUAGUAAUUGAAUUAGUAAUUGAAUUAGUAAUUGAAUUAGUAAUUGAAUUAGUAAUUGAAUUAGUAAUUGAAUUAGUAAUUGAAUUAGUAAUUGAAUUAGUAAUUGAAUUAGUAAUUGAAUUAGUAAUUGAAUUAGUAAUUGAAUUAGUAAUUGAAUUAGUAAUUGAAUUAGUAAUUGAAUUAGUAAUUGAAUUAGUAAUUGAAUUAGUAAUUGAAUUAGUAAUUGAAUUAGUAAUUGAAUUAGUAAUUGAAUUAGUAAUUGAAUUAGUAAUUGAAUUAGUAAUUGAAUUAGUAAUUGAAUUAGUAAUUAAAUUAGUAAUUGAAUUAGUAAUUGAAUUAGUAAUUGAAUUAGUAAUUGAAUUAGUAAUUGAAUUAGUAAUUGAAUUAUUAAUUGAAUUAGUAAUUGAAUUAGUAAUUGAAUUAGUAAUUGAAUUAGUAAUUGAAUUAGUAAUUGAAUUAGUAAUUGAAUUAGUAAUUGAAUUAGUAAUUGAAUUAGUAAUUGAAUUAGUAAUUGAAUUAGUAAUUGAAUUAGUAAUUGAAUUAGUAAUUGAAUUAGUAAUUGAAUUAGUAAUUGAAUUAGUAAUUGAAUUAGUAAUUGAAUUAGUAAUUGAAUUAGUAAUUGAAUUAGUAAUUGAAUUAGUAAUUGAAUUAGUAAUUGAAUUAGUAAUUAAAUUAGUAAUUGAAUUAGUAAUUGAAUUAGUAAUUGAAUUAUUAAUUGAAUUAGUAAUUGAAUUAGUAAUUGAAUUAUUAAUUGAAUUAGUAAUUCAAUUAGUAACUAAAUUUAGUAUAAUUGAAUCAGUAUUUAAUCAGUAA